AUGAACGGCGACGCAAUGGGCGAGUCGCGUCUGUCACUGCUGGGCCUGCCUGCCGAGAUUCGCAAUCUCAUCUGGGAAUACACCUUCCCUCCGCCGAAUUCGCGAUACACGACGCUCUCGUCCGCCCGGAGCAGCAGGGCUCAAUCGCGGAAGAGCAGAAACCCAUCGCCGUCAUCCUCGACGUCAUCGGCCUCUUGUGCGACCUCAAGCUCAGACACGGGCUCAAUCGCGAUCCCCGCAGACGAUGAACAUGGCUCCGUCAGCGUCGUCGGCAGCGGCAAGCAGGACGCGGCGCGCGCCGCGGCGUUGGGCACGUACCCGAGCCUGGCUCUGCUGUUGACCUGCCGUCAGAUCCGCGCGGAGACAUUGCUGCUGGCGUUUUCACGCACGCCGUUCCGCACGAAGCUGUGCCGGCCGGCGGCGCUGACGACACGGCUGGCGGUGCUGUCACCGGCGCAGGUGCGGGCCAUCCGCUCGCUCACCUUCACGGCGAGCGCGGCGUGGUCGCAGCACCCCAAGCAGUGGGAAGGCGACCUACGGCCGGUGCUGUUCCCCGUCUACGUCCAGUGCCGCAAGCUGCUGUACGAGUCCGUGCGGCUGCUGCCCGGCGUGCGCUUCGUCGACUUUGUGCUCGGCGAGGAGCGAGCCGGCCAGUUUGGCAAAGGUGGACCGGGUGGGACAAUCGGGAGAGGUAGGACGGUGGGUGGGCCCAAGUUCUUCUUCGACACGGUGGUGGGGAUUGGGCUGCGAGAGAGGAACGAUAGGGGUGAGACACACGCAUGGGGUGACCGGUGGCAGGUGAUACCGGGAUCGGAAGGAGAGGACAGGUGCAUCUGGUUGGUGGAGGACAGGCAGGGCUGCGGUGAGGAAAGGAGGCUGACCGAAAGGGACGAGGCCAAGAGGUGGGUUAGGGUUGAGAUCGUGAGACUGCCGCUUGGUGGUUGA